CUUUUGUUUUGGUCACGCCGCUUUGCUGCAGGAUCUGGAAGCUUCUGGUGUGUUUAUAAUAGUAUAGCGGAACUCACACACAUCACUACUACAGAAGCACGUCAAACACAUCACAUCUACAAAACCUCGAUUCAUAUCAUUUUCACGAGAUGGCAGAAGGCAGGGGUAACCGGCAUCACCCCAAUAAUUUACAGGGUGUGCUUCAGAUGGCUGUGGAGGCUGGUUCUGGUUCUGAGGGUCCAGUUCCAUCAGAGCCCAUGACACAGGAGAGAAUGGAGUUCUUGAGAGGAGCUCUGGCAGAAGUGUGUAAAGGACAGAUGGAUGAGGUAGAACAGAUGAAACGUUGUUUGCAAGUGCUUAACAGAGAUGAAUGCAGAGAGAGAGGGAGUGAGGAAGAGGAAGAUGAGGAGGAUGAAAGAGAGGAGGCUCUGGAAAUGCUCUCGGAACUCUGUGAGAACCUGGACAAUGCAAGAGAUCUGAUGAAGCUGGGCGGUCUAGACUUGUGUUUGUCGAGCUGUCUCUGUCACACUGAAGCAGGUAUUCGCUGGAGAGCUGCUCAUCUCAUUGCCAGCUGUGCUCAGAAUAUGCCUGAGGUGCAAUGCUACGUGCUGAAACAGGGGGCGCUACUGACACUCCUUCAACUCGCAGAUCACGACGCAAACAGCACCGUUCGAAUCAAAGCACUCUACGCUGUGUCUUGUUUAGUGCGGGAACAGGAAGCAGGUCUACAGGACUUCCUGUCACACGAUGGCUUUUCAGUGCUGAUGAGGGGGAUGCAGUCAGACAGUGAGAAACUGAGAACUAAAUCAGCUUUCCUUCUGCUCAGCCUGUUGACUAGUCACCCAGAACACAAAGAUACAGUGUUGUCUAUGGGGAUGGUUCAGCAGCUGGUGUCAGUUCUUCGGUCCCCUCAUUCCUCUAUACAUGAGCAUGUUCUUGGCGCCCUCUGCUGUCUGGUUGAGGAUCCCCGUGGCAUGAGUGAUUGCAGGGAUCCAACACUGGCCUUAGAGGAGCUGCUCAACCAGAGAGUACAGGGUCUAAGGGGACGAGAGGAGAGCCUGGAGGAGUUGGAAUUUUGUGAACGAUUACGAGCGUCUUGUUUCCAAGGGCAACACCAGGAGGACAGCGGAAUGGAUCGCUAAGGUCUUAUUGGUCAAUAAUGAUGCCUGCUGCGCAGUGAUUGGCCAACACAAAUGAGUUUGUAUUCCCUAUCUGCUUUAGAGAGAAAUAAUGUACUUGAAAAAAAUGAAUAAAAAAAAGCUUUUUUACUCUCAAUAUUCAUAGUUCAGUUUUGCCAGCUAUAUGUGCAUGUGCCUACUUGAGUGUACCAUCAAUGCUGAUGCGUUUCAACUGUACACAAAACAUUUUUUUUUUUUUUAAUAAUUUAUGAAAAUGUACAUUUUGUAUAAUAUGUCAGUUUG